AUGGACCCCGUCACCAUCGUCACCACCGCGGCCACCGUCGUCGGGACGGCCAUCAAGGUCUCCAAGUCGCUGUACGACGCGGUCGAGGCGCUCAAGGACGCGCCGGCCGACGUGCGCUCGCUGUGCGCCACUGUCAACAGCGUCAAGAGCGCCGUCGGAAGGCUGGUUGGCUUCAUGCGGAGCAGAGACUGCGACUGGCCCGACGGGUGGCUCGAGGGCGUCGCGCAGAACGUCGAGGCUAUCGGCGACGAGCUGACUGAGUACUUCAAUGCGGAUCAGAUUGCCAAGUCGACGAGGAGGCUCCGGGAUGCCAAUGCAGACUUGUUGAUGCAGGUUUCGCUCAUACAAGUCUCUACCACGGCCAAGACCAGUCAGGAUUUGGGUGCAGUGAAAAAUGCCGUGAGCUUCAUCAAGGAGGAGCUGACGGAGAGAACAUCUGGUUACAAUGGCAAUGCAUUCAGUGCUGACCUUGCUGCAUUCGCCGAGCAGAUGUCUUCUCUGAAGGGAGUGCUUUCGAUGAUGAAUUCGCAGCACGUUUCUUUGGAUGGUGGCCACCAAUUGAAUUUCAUAUCAGAAAAGGGGCGUGAUGCUCCACACAACUCCUUCAUAUCAGAAACUUCUGAGCCUUCAUCUCCGAUACUAUCUCCGCUUGCGGCCUUGAACCAGCAGGCCUACUUGCAGAACCAGCAGCUUUCUAACCUCCAGUUGGAAUCCGAGUCCAAGCCACUCAACGUAUCUGCUCUUGGACUUAAACUCAGCGAAUUACAGCGAAAGCAUGAGAUCAUCCUGCAUCAUUGCUUCGUAGCUCAGGAGCGCAUCAUGUGGCUCGAAGAACUGCAAAGAGCUGGGGAUGACACCAUUGGCCAAUUGAGCCUGAAGCUCAGCGAACUGCAAGCGGAGAAGGAGGCAGGCUGCUGGAACAAAAUGGCAAGCUUUUUGGAUGGCGACCUCAAGGCAACACUGCUCAGCCGGGAAGAGCUUGAAGACCGCGAUGCUAUCAUCACCACGCUGCAAGCCCAGAACGAAGGUCUUCAGGAUAUGAUUAACCAGAGGAUUACGUUGGUCGGCUACGAGGACGGUGCAAAGCACGUAUAUGAAGCCGAGAAGAAGCUGCUCAAGAAGGGCGCGGAGUCGAACAGGUUGCAGGAGGAAGUCGACCUACUUCGGUGGAGACUGAAGGGUGUCGAAUCAUCACUUAGGGAGCAGCUGAAGGUCAACCAGCUCCUGGGCGAUGAGGUGAAAGUGCUGAAAAGCCGACGCGGACCUACAAUUGGUGACGAAAGUCGGAAAGAGCUUCUUACUCCUGAUUCGUGCGAAACUUACCCGUCAAGUUCGCCCAUGUCGGGUCUGGCUCGAAAUCGCACACCAUCAGGGGCGUCCACGAAGUCUUAUACGCACCGUUGGGAUUCGAGCUUCUUGCAGACGACAGAAAUGCACACUACGAUGGCAGCCAAGGAGCGAUCAUAA